AUGGUUCUUGACGUUACUCCAAUUAGAAAUGAGUUCGAUAUUAAGGGACUUGAAAAAUUCUUAUCGAGCACCUCUUUGCCGGAGAAGACGUCUUUAGGUGCAUCUCUUGACACAUGGCCACCAAGUUCAAUAAUGAAACCUUCUUUGAAGGUCCAGCAGUUUAGAUUUGGACAGUCAAAUCCAACUUAUCAUAUUUUAGGAAGUAAUGGGAGAGAAUUUGUAUUGAGAAGAAAACCCAUGGCGAAUGCCAACCUUGUCAGCAAGACUGCUCAUGCAAUCGAAAGAGAAUUCUUUAUGCUCCGAGGAAUCAAUAUCUGUAAUAGUAAAGUUUCCAACCCAGUAAGGAAGGUACCAGUACCUGAAGUGUUCUUGCUAUGUGAAGAUGAAAGUGUCAUUGGAUUUGUGUUCUAUCUAAUGGAAUUUGUAGACGGUAGACAGUUGUUGAAUCCGGAAUUGCCAGGGGUACCUGAUGCUGAACAGAAAAAGCAUUGGAAAUCUAUAAUGGAGACAAUUACUGCAAUUCAUUCCAUCGACGCGGAAUUACUUUGCAGUGAGCUCCCAGCUAAUCACUUUCCUCAAUUCCAACUUGACAAGAUCAAGGCCAACAAGGGGAAAAGCUCAUACUUUCAGAGACAAGUUAAAUCCUUGACCGCAGUACAAGCUAAUCAAGCCAAAGUUGUCGAUCCUAUUCCAAAUUUCUCUGAAUUAUGUAAUUGGAUUUCAGAAAAAGCACCUCAAGACCCUGAUAAGUUAACCCUUAUCCAUGGAGACUUUAAAAUAGAUAACAUCUUGUUCCACCACACUGAGCCAAGGGUCAUUGCAGUGUUGGAUUGGGAGUUGUGCACCUUUGGUCAUCCAAUAUUCGAUUUAGGUAAUUUUCUCCAGGCAUUCCAGUUCCCCAAUCAAUUGAAUUUGUUACUCUAUAAACCUUUCAAGACCGAUAUGGGUAAGGAGAAGCCAGGAUCUAUGGAGAGUGUCAAUGCCAAAUUGCAACUUUAUGCGGACACUUUGGGCUACAAGUGGUCGGAGAACGAUCCAAAGAAUAACCCUGUUGAUCUUUGGGUUCUUGGGUUUGUAUUCGGGUUACUUAGAUUGUCUGUAAUCUCUCAAGGAAUUGCAAUGAGAGUUGCCAAGGGUAAUGCAAGUUCUGGAAAUGCCAGUGGGUACGCAAGAAUGUACCCAAUCUUAUCCCAAUUGGCAGAACAGUACAUUGAGGAGAGUAAGACAGAAGGCUCCAAAUUCUAA